CUUGAACCUCGCUGCAUGUCGCCUUGGGAUUUCUCAAGUCAUGACUGACCCCGUGGGUUUAGCUUCCAGCGUUCUAGCGUUAGGAGGGUUUUUGAUAACUCUCCUUGAAUUUGCUAAUGAGAUCAAGGACUCUUCGGAGGACCUUCGACGAUAUCAUACGGUGCUGGAAACUAUCAGGAGGACAACGGACCUUAUGGCCUACUUCGCAGGCCAAUCCGAGUCCAUCAAGAACCUUGAAACAAUUGUGAAUGGCAGAAAGGAGAACCUUGUUCGCUUUUGCGCAAGAAGCAUCAGAUUAUUAAUAUCUGACGUUGAGAAACUAACAUCAACCUUGACACACUACUACGGCAAUAAAAGCCAGAAAAGCAAGGCCACAAAAGAGAUCCUGCGACGCAUCAGAGAAGUUUUCAAGGGCGCUCGAUCUUCUUCGACUUUCGUUCUCAAUCGAAAUCACAUCAAUGAUCUGAUUCAAGCAGCAAAACAUAUCGAGUCUUCACUUCACUAUGCUCUGUCCACUAUACUCUUGGCACGGAAUGAAUUCAAAACAGACGAAACACAAAUUUUGAUCAACAAUAUGAAUGACUCUAUUACCUCGCAUUUCAAUCAAUUUGAAGCCUGGUGUGAGGCUUUCCAACAGAGCAACCCAAGCGUGAUAUACGUAAAAGCCAAACAUGAACGUCAAUCCCCGGCUAAACGAAGCUCGCAGCCACUGAUAGUCAAGACACGCACGGGCAAAAACAAGCAGUGCAUUACCCGCGAAUACAGCGGCGGUUCUACGCCCACAAGCUGUUCACUAUUAGAGCAGCAGGAUACCAGUUUGAUACACAUAUCAUCGCAGAGCUGUGGAAGCGUCGGCUCCACAGAAUGGGAGGACUGUAGCGAAACGCUUGCUGUCAUACGAAAUGACGGAGCAUUUCAUCCAUCACAGUAUAUCGCCCAGUUCCCGAUCUCUAUCCAAGGACCGCACUCCGAAGUAGAGGAGGGCCAAGAUCAUACAUCCUCAUCUGAGGUUCAAUAUCAGAUCAGCAAUGGAAAUACAACGGACGAUGCCGUUUUCUCGCAAUCCGAAUAUUUUCCUGUGACGACCGAUGACGAAGGGUCCACAUAUUCCUCCGCUAUCUACGAUAGUGAGGAGCUGGAUAUUGAUCCUAAUGUCGAAGCUUUUAUUGACGGCGCUGUUACUAUUGCAAACUGUGUGUCCGGUGAUAAUAAUUGUCUUGAAUUCUGUGUGAGGACAAUGAUCAUACACGACAGCGAAUCGCCGGUUCUAAUUCUCAAAGAGCCUUGUCGAAGCAGCACAUGCCGGCAUAUAUCACUUUAUGCUCAAGGAGGCCUUCGAGCCGAGCAUCCAACGCCCUGUUAUCUUCAGGUUCUGUUGCGAGAAAACCAGGUAUCGGAGGCACCAGAGUCUAGCAGCUCACAUGAUCAUUGUCUCAAGGUGUUCACUACGUCACACCGUGACAAAACGCAAAAAGGCAAUACCACAUUGAUCUUGGGCCAAAUUGGACGCUUUAAGCAGUAUGCAGUACCGACUUCGUUUUCAGCAGAUGUUUUCACGGAAAAAGAAGAUGAGAGCGAGGAAAGCGACCAUUCCGAAACUUCGUCAAAUGCAAGUACCAUACUAGACGAAGAUAGGCAGGAGGAAACCAGUGAAGUACCUCCCCAAGACCCAACAGUAACUGAAGAACUGCCUUUUAGCAGUCUCCCCUGUCUCUUUUGCAGAGAGGAUGCCCUUCGACCUCGACUGAGCGCUGGAGGUGUCCAGGCGCUUUUAUUCCUGCAGAACAACUCGUUUGGAUACACGUGCGAGCGAUGCAAUGAGAGAACUUGGGUAUCUGCGAUGAGGUAUGGCCUUACUGGAGUUGGCGCAUCAUGGGCUUUCUGGUGAAAAGUGUUUGGAAUUAUUUUUGAGGAUCGAUAUUGCAAUGAUUUGUUUUUCGAGGUGGUCUCCUUAUCCUGGUUUCUUUCCAAUUUUCCGUCAAUGACUGUUACGAGGAAUGUUCGGACCAAGAUCACAUCCUCUUCCAUGUUUUUACGCAGCUGCGUUCUUCAAGUUGAUUAAUCAUUCUAUAAACUAG